UGGAAUAUGGGAAUGCGAGAUCGCCAAGAAACCGGCCACCUUUACUCAUUUCACCGGAUCAGUAUAAAAAGGAAAGUGCGUCUUGCUAGUGAUCAUCAUUCGACUCGCAGUCAGUGCAUUGUGCAGAAGCAUCCUCGUUCUAUUUCAGCAUAAACAUCGUUUGCAAAAGCAACAAACAUGUUCAAAGUUGUGUGCCUCCUGGCCCUCGUCGCCGUCGUUGCUGCCAUGCCAAAUGGAGCGCCAGCAUCAGGAUUCCAGGGUUCGGUUCCUAUGGGCAAUGCCCCCCCAGGACGUAUCAUGAAAGAAGAGGCACCAGCAUCGAACCAGCCUGCUCCAGAGCAAUCUAACGGAGAUGAGCUUGUGAGUGCCGCUGAAGGAAAGGAUGAUAUGGACAAGUCGGAGACGUUCGGAUUCGGUUACCAUUAUUACUAUCCGAGAUACUACGGUGGUUAUCACUAUCCGAGCUACCACUACCCGAGCUACUAUUACCGAUACUAUCCCAGCUAUUACAGCUACGGUCACUACUGGUAAUUGACGUGAUUUCAAU